CAACAGAAACAGAGAAUGAGCCCAAAAGCACACUCCACUUAUAAACAAAGAAACUCUCUCUUCCUAUAAAAGCGGGGUACUCUCCAUAUUUCUAGUUUGUUUCAGUACUAUUUAGAUGUAUUUGUUUCAUUAACAAUACCAGGCAAAAGAUGGAGCAAGAAAUGGAAAAGAGAAAACGAGCUAGUAGUACUGCAUCAUCAGAAGCAAAUACUAUUAGGGAUGAAGAUAACUGGGUUCAUGAUUCAUCUGUAGAUCAUAAAGGAAGAGUUCCUCUACGCGCUUCAACCGGCGUUUGGAAAGCUUCUCUCUUCAUCAUGACUAUUGAAUUUAGUGAGAGGUUGAGUUACUUUGGAAUAGCCACAAAUCUCAUCACCUACCUUACUCAAUUGCUUCACCAAGACAUCAAAACAGCAGCCAAAAAUGUGAACUUCUGGGCAGGAGUGACAACUAUAAUGCCUUUAAUUGGAGGAUUUUUAGCAGAUGCCUACGCUGGCCGAUUCAGCAUGGUUCUGUUUUCAUCCCUCAUCUAUCUAAUGGGCCUAAGUAUCCUGACAAUGUCCCAGUUUAUCCCAAGUCUAAAACCCUGCAGUACAAAGAUGUGCCAACAGCCUCGAAAACUUCAUGAAGUGGUGCUUUUCAUUGCCUUGUACUUCAUCUCAGUUGGAACUGGAGGGCACAAGCCAUGUCUUCAAAGCUUUGGAGCAGAUCAAUUUGACGACGAUCACACAGAAGAACGAAAGAAAAAAAUGUCCUACUUCAAUUGGUGGAACUUUGCACUUUGUUGUGGAUUGUUUCUUGGUGUGACUGCAAUUGUCUAUGUUCAAGACUAUGUGAGUUGGGGUGUGGCUGAUCUUGUGCUAACAAUCACCAUGGCUUUUACAAUUGUGACCUUCUAUAUGGGGAAGGCUCUUUAUAGGUAUAGAAUCCCAGAAGGAAGCCCUUUGGUCCCCAUGUUACAGGUUUUGGUUGCAGCUAUAAGAAAAAGAAAAUUACCCAAUCCUUCAAACCCCGCUUUGCUAUUUGAAGUUCCCGAGUCCCAUAAGCAAUCCCAAGGAAGGCUUCUACUUCAUACAAAUAGGCUUAGGUUUCUAGACAAGGCAGCAAUCAUCGAAGAGAACGAGAAUACAUCUUGGGACCAGAAACACAAUCCUUGGAGAUUGACAACACUGACAAGGGUGGAAGAGGUGAAGCUUAUUUUAAACAUGAUCCCCAUAUGGCUAACCUCUUUAACAUUUGGACUAUGUGUAGCACAAGCCUCAACAUUCUUUGUCAAACAAGCUGCAAUAAUGGACCUGCAUAUCACUGACAACUUCAAAAUCCCACCAGCCUCAAUCUAUUCUCUUGGGGCCAUUGCAAUGCUUAUCUCCGUCACAGUCUAUGACAAGAUUCUUGUUCCGAUUCUAAGGAAAGCGACCGGCAACGAAAGGGGGAUUAACAUUCUCACAAGGAUUGGAAUUGGCAUGAUUUUUUCAGUUGUAGCAAUGUCAGCUGCAGCAUUAGUUGAAACAAAAAGACUAAAAGCUGAUCGGCCGCAAUCUAUGAGUGUGUUCUGGUUGGCUCCCCAGUACAUAAUUCUAGGGUUUGGAGAUGGAUUCACUCUGGUAGGGUUACAAGAGUAUUUCUACGACCAAGUUCCUGACUCAAUGAGAAGCUUGGGGAUUGCUUUUUAUCUGAGUGUGAUUGCGGUUGGGAGCUUCAUAAGCAGCUUUCUGAUUAUUGUUGUGGAUCAUGUCACAGGAAAGGGUGGGAAUAGCUGGUUUGGGAAGGACUUGAACUCAAGCCGUUUGGAUAAUUUCUACUGGCUUUUGGCAGCCAUGAAUGGUUUGAAUUUGUGUGUUUACGGGUUGUUGGCUAGGGGUUAUACUUACAAAAAUGUGGAGAGAAGGGUGGUUGUGGCUGACGAUACUUCUCUCAGUAAUGGAAUUGAUCAAUCUAUGGCUUAACUGUCAUGUAUCUAAGAAAAUUGAGCAGUGAUUGCUCAGUGUUUCACUAUACGCAAUGCAUGUAGAAGAAAAAUGUGGACACGAUGGAAAUCGGAUAAAGAGUCGAAGAAUUUUAUUAUAUCUUCAUAUUUUAACUCAGUUUGUUACUACUAUUUAGUCGUAACUACCAUGUCAAAUUGUAAAUGUUGUUUGUUGUAUUGUAAGAAAAGCUGCUUAUGAUUAUGAAUCUAAGCCACAAUAACUAUUUAUGGGCAAUAUAUUAUUUUCUGGCUUAAUUAA